UGGCCCUCCGAGGCCGAAGGGAGGCAGAGAGCUGGCGGAUGUCUUCCUAGAGAGACCGGAAGUGAGUGUGUGUUUAGAGCUGGGAGGUUCAGCACAAAGGAGAGGAGGAAGACAAGACCACCCCAAGCCAGAUCUCAGCUUCAGCCCAGAAGAAGGGCCCAGGAAUGCCUUUGGACACAGCUCCAUGGAAGGUCAAGCGCAGGCGAGUGAAAAUUGUGGGGACCUAAAUGUGGCACCUUGGGAAAUGACUCCCUCUCUUAUGGGAAAAGAGGAAUUUGGGAGUCAGAAGGGACCGAAAAUGCGAGGGAAGAAGAAGAACAACUCGGGGGCUCCUCAUGGCAAGGCCAAGGAGUCCAGCCAGGUGACGUGCCCCAUCUGCGGGAGAGUAUGCAAUUGCAAAGCCCAAUUCGACAUCCACUUCCGCGUCCACACGGGGGAGAAGCCCUACGGAUGCAACGAAUGCGGAAAGAGCUUCAGUCGGCAGGAGAGCCUCCAUUCGCACCGCAGGACCCACACUGGGGAGAAGCCAUUCCGGUGCGCAGAGUGCGGGAAGAGCUUCAUUGACAGCGGGGCGUGUGUCAAGCACCAGCGGACCCACACAGGAGAGAAACCCUACAAGUGUGAGGAGUGCGGGAAAUGCUUCAGUCGGCACGAGCGCCUCCACUUGCACCGACGGGUCCACACCGGGGAGAAGCCGUACCGAUGCGCGGAGUGCGGGAAGGGCUUCGUCGAUAGUGGAACAUGCGCUCGGCAUCAAAGAACCCACAAUGGGGAGAAACUGUACACUUGCGGAGAGUGCGGGAAGAGUUUUGCCGACAGUGGCGCCUAUACGAGACAUCAGCGGACCCACACAGGGGAGAAGCCAUACACGUGCAAGGACUGCGGGAAAGGUUUCAGUGACAGCGGAGCGUGCGCUCGACAUCAAAGGACCCACACGGGGGAGAAGCCGUACACAUGCACGGAAUGUGGAAAGAGAUUCGGCGACCGUGGCGCGUGGACGAAGCACCAACAAACCCACACCGGCGUGAAACCGUACCGAUGCACCGAGUGCGGAAAGAGCUUCAGGCUGCGUGGAAAUCUGCGAUCACAUCAAAGGACCCACACAGGAGAGAAACCGUAUAAAUGCACUGAGUGCGGGAAGAGCUUCUGCAGCAGUGCGGCGUGCCAUAGACACCAGAGAACACACACUGGGGAGAAGCCCUACAAGUGCGGGCAGUGUGGGAAGAGCUUCAGUAGGCAUGAUCAUCUCCAUUCCCACCAGAGAGCCCACGCGGGGGAGAAAGCCUACAGCUGUAUGGAAUGCGGGAAGAGCUUCCACACUGGCGAGAAUGUGAUAGGACCCCAAGAGACCCCCAAAGCAGAGAAAACAUAGAAAGUGCCUGGAAUGUGGAAAGUGGAAGAAACAUAACCAUUGGGUUGUUGUAGGUUUUUUCAGGCUAUAUGGCCACGUUCUAGAGGCAUUCUCUCCUGACGUUUCGCCUGCAUCUAUGGCAGUGGUACUCAACCUUCCUAAUGCUGCAACCCCUUAAUACAGUUUCUCAUGCUGUGGUGACCCCCAACCAUAAAAUUAUUUUUGUUGCUACUGGUGGGGUGGGGGGAGGUGGGAUUGAUUUUGACAUCUGGGAUUCAUAGUUCACCUACAAUCAAAGAGCAUUCUGAACUCUACCAGCGAUGGAAUUGAACCAAACCUGGCACACAGAACUCCCAUGACCAACAUAAAAUACUGGAAGGGUUUGCUGGGCAUUGUCCUUGAGUUUGGGAAUUGUAGUUCACCUACAUCCAGAGAGCACUGUGGACUCAAACAAUGAUGGAUCUGGACCAAACUAUGCCUACAUGUCAACACUGGUGAAAUUUGGGGGAAAUAGACUUGACAUGUGGGAGUUGUAGUUGGUGGGAUUUAUAGUUCACCUACAAUCUAAUUCUGACCUCCAGUAACAAUGGAAUUGAACCAAGCUUGGCACACAGAA